CCGUAGUUACGUUUCCUCAAAGUUUGUGUUGGGAGCGCUGAUGGGCGCGUGCUAUUUGCAUAUAAAUAACGGCUGCGGGUUCAUCGGAGGCUAGAUAUACCCUUUGCUACAGCCAUGUUUGCGGAACUCGAGCACGCCGUUGAAGAGAUUGAGAAGGAUAUCCCCAAGGGCAUCGAAGGCGCUUGGGACACCAUCGAUGGUGCGUUUUUGAAUCCGAACCGUCGGCAUGAUACCCCAGAAGAGAAGCGUAUUGAUGCGCUACGGACCGAAAUCAAUGACGGCCACCGUUUCCAGUCCUUCGCAGAGCAGCGUCCAUCCAAUGCUGUAAAAUGGCACAUCGACGGACAUGAUUACUUCUAUGCCGUUUCAGAAGUCUUGGAUAGUGCCCGCGAGUGCAUCUUCAUCUUGGAUUGGUGGUUGACUCCCGAAGUGUACUUGCGCCGCCCGCCCGCUUUCAAUCAGGAAUGGCGCUUGGACCGCCUGCUGAAACGCAAGGCGGAAGAGGGCGUCCGGAUCUAUGUCGUCGUAUACAAGGAAGUCACUCAAGAAAUGUCCAUGGAUUCGUCUCAUACUAAGCACGCUCUUGAAGCGCUGCACCCUAACAUUGCGUGCAUGCGUCACCCCGAUCACAUCGGGAGUAAAGACGACGUCGAGUUCUGGUCGCACCACGAAAAGCUCGUGAUAGUAGACAACCACCGCGCAGGCGUUGGCGGGCUCGAUCUCAGCUUCGGGCGCUGGGACACGCACAUGCACCCGCUCGGGGAUGUGCACCCUACAGACCUGACGCGCACGCUUUUCCCGGGGCAGGACUACAACAACGCGCGUAUCAUGGACUUCAAGGACGUUCAGAACUAUGUGAGCAAUGGCCUGAGCGUGCUCGAGUCUGCGCGGAUGCCGUGGCACGAUGUCCAUUUGACGAUCUGCGGGCCGUCGGUACUUGAUUUGGUACAGCACUUCAUGGAGCGCUGGAAUGAAAUCAAGCGAAGGAAGUACAGUCAUGAUACACAUUACGAUUGGCUCGCACUCCCGCAUGAUGUCGAAGCAGCUCCCGACGAAGCUGUCGUGCUCCAUCCUUACCGCGAAAAGUGGCACCAGAUAGGCCGGCAUUUCCGUCAACGAUUCCAUGGUGAACACCUCACUGCGCGGCAGUUCGACGACCUCGACGAUCCGGAGUUGUAUCCGCGACCGCCGAACGGGACGUGCCGCGUACAGGCAGUGCGCAGCGUCAGCGACUGGAGUAACGGUGUGCUGACAGAGCACAGUGUCCAGAACGCUUAUUGUCAAUUGAUCAUGGAGGCGAACCAUUUCAUAUAUAUUGAGAACCAGUUCUUCAUUUCGAGUACACAGCAGAAAGACGAUCCCGUGAAGAACCAAAUCGCAGCCGCACUCGUUGAACGAAUCCUCCUAGCAGCUCGAAGCAACCAGAAGUUCAAGGUGGUCAUAGUGAUUCCCGAAGUUCCUGGCUUUGCAGGACCAGUCAAGGACGAGACGUCCAUCAGGACUAUUAUGGCCGCUCAAUAUCGUACCAUGAAUCGUGGAGGUCAUAGCAUCUAUGAGGAGAUCAGCAAGGCAGGAUAUGAGCCAAUGGAUUAUAUUCGAUUCUACCACCUGCGAACCUACGAUCGCAUCAACGCUCCGUACGAAUCCUUCAUGAAAGUCAUCGAAGAACGUAGCGGCAUCAAGUUCCACCAGGCCAUGACGGCUCUCGCCCGUCUCUGGGUUGGAAGGGACGAGGAAGCCAACGCACCUAAAGAAACUACUGUCGUCCUCCCAACGGGUAAGAUCGUCGACCAGCCGAGUGCGUCCGGGCAGCAACCCGAGCUCAAGACCGAGACGUACGCGCUACCACAGACGUACGAGGAGGCACAAGAGAUCGUCGACCAAUGGCACCGCGCUGCGGUCAGCCUCCGAGAAGGUGGAGAUAUCUCCGACAACGUCGUCCAGCAUGUCAUGGAGGACCGGACGAACCUGAACGAGGAGGGAUGGUUGGGCACGCCUGAGGAAGAGAAGGCUGCGUAUGUGUCUGACCUCGUGUACAUUCAUUCGAAGGUCAUGAUCGUGGAUGACCGGAGAGUCGUCAUGGGUUCUGCGAAUAUUAAUGAUCGGAGUAUGAAGGGCAAUGGUGAUUCCGAAAUCGCCUUAGUGAUUGAAGACGAGGACAUGAUUGAAACCACCAUGGACGGGAAACCGUACAUGGCGGCACGCUUCGCCGCCACCUUCCGUAGGAAGCUCUACAGAGAGCACCUCGGCCUCAUGCCGCCACAGUACUGCGCAGGCAAAGAGCAAGUCACUUCGUUCAUGCGCCCUGCGCCCCACCCGAACGACGACGAGACCGACGAGGGCGAAGACAAGAUUGUCGCCGAUCCUCUCGCGGAUCUCACCAUGAGCCUGUGGAACGAGACUGCAAGGCGAAACCGCGCGAUCUUUGCCGAGAUCUUCCGUACUGUGCCAACGAACUGGGUUAAGAACUGGGAUGAAUAUGCUCAAUAUGUGCCGAAGGUCAUGCCCGGACAUGUCGUCCCAGAGGUGUCACUCGAACAUCUGAAGGACCGUCUCUCUCGAGUGAGGGGUGCCCUGGUGGAAUGUCCCAUUGACUUCUUGAUUGACCAGAAGGACUUCGUGGAGGGCAUAGAUUGGAUGGGCUUGAACCCGACACUGCCAAUCUAUAUCUGAGGGCGGCAUCAUAUGGGCGGCAUCCCUGUGUCGAAAAGUUUCCGAUGUAAUGUGCUGCCAGAUGACUGCCUUCUCCAAGCGGCACUAGUUGACAUUACUGCGUACUGGUGGCGGCACAUGC